AGCUGCGGCCACGGCCGUCUUAUCACUUCCAGCCUUGCCUGUUCAGGAACGGGGGGCCGCCGUAAUCAGCUCAACGGAUUCAUUGCAACAGACUCCAGCCUGGUGCCGUGACGAGCCGUCCGUCUUGGUGCUGUCGUGUUCAUCGCACCUUGGGCAACCUCGAAUUUUUGUUGAGGCCCGGUUCCGCCAACCAUCCCCGGUCGACAUGCCUACGGAGCCACGAGAUGUUGAGCCUUGAUCGAAGACGAAUUCUUUAGGCCGCUAGGAAUCUCAAAACCAUCUCUGAUGCUGCUAUCCCACCGAGUCGUAAGGCAAUCGACCGAAGCAUGUAGAGUGGCCAACAUGGGGCACGGGUACCUCCAAGGGGUCUUGCACGGUCAGAGCUUCUCGAAACAGAUCGGACGCCUCCCGCGACGAAACGAACAACUGGAACUGACAGUUGAGUGCCGAGGCUCGCUUGAAAGCGCUGCAUAUUCAGCAGUUUCUUCCGCACGAACCUUUUUCCGCCGGCGAUCUAUCGACGCUCGUGGGUCUGGCCUGUUGUUUGUCUGGCCGGCAUCCCCCAAAUCGAGUAUCAACGUCACCAAGAAUUUGAUAUCCAUUGCCAUUGCGCACCACUUCAGCCGCGACCCUCACCGCCACAGGACAGACAAUUUCGGAUGUUGUCGAUACCCGACGGCAUCGCUACGGCUCAGCAACUAUUGGUUGCAGAAAGCACGAUGGCUCAGGACAACUUUGUUGGUUUGGGCGCGUUGUUGGAUUCAGACGCGCUUAAACAGGAUGACUCCUAGAAGCGUUUUCACAUGGCCGGAUUGGCGAUGCCGCAGAGCUCGAGAACUACGGUUUAUCAGCUUGUCAAACGCUGCUAACCUGAUAUCCACCAUAUUCACUUGUCGAACUUAGCCACAGUCUGGCACAGAGUUCUCGGAGCAAUACUUGCCGCUGCAACGUAUCAAAGGCGGACCAGCCACCAACCAUUUACAUCCCAUCUUCGCCGCCGACCGGAGCAAGCGUGGCCCAUCACCCCAACUGGCCGCUUCAACGGCCAUGUUUACAUCACCCUCUGCUUUUCGCUUCCAGACCCACCCGGCCGCCUCGAUGGCCGCGACAACCAC